AUGGCAGUGCUCCCAAACUCCCUCCCCAAGUGUCUGCUCAUCAUUGUGCUCCUGCUGCUGACCCAGCUGGACUCAGGUCCUGCUCAUUCUCUAACAGGUCACUUUGAAGUGCUUGGACCUCAGGAGCCCAUCCGAGCUUUCGUGGGUGAGGACUCUGAGCUGCGGUGGUUCCGGAACACCUUCUUACCUGCCGUGUUGGUGCUCCAGGACAGGCAGGAGCAGGAGGGAGAGCAGAUGCCCGAGUAUCGUGGGACGAUACACCGCAUCAGGACCUCUGAUGAAGGGGUGUAUGGGUGCUCCUUCAGAGACAAGCAAGCCCAGGGAGAAGCCUUCGUGAAUCUGAAAGUAGCUGCUCUGGGCUCCGAGCCUCACAUCACCAUGGAAGUUCAGGAGAGUGGCGAGGUCCGGCUGGAGUGCACCUCCAUGGGUUGGUACCCAGAGCCCCAGGUGCAGUGGAGAUCUGCCAAGGGAGAGGAGUUCCCGACCACGUCAGAGUCCAGGAGUCCUGACGAGGAAGGCCUGUUCACUGUGGCAGCCUCAGUGACCCUCAGGGACAGCUCCAUGGACAGUGUGUCCUGCUGCAUCCGGAACCUCCUUCUUGGCCAGGAGAAGGAAGUAGGGAUUUCCAUUCCAGAAAAAUUUGACUCUUUUUUUCCUUUCCUUGUUAUAAAAUACACAAAAUAUUCUCCCUCUAACCUGGCACUGACUCACACUUCUGCUUUUUCAGAAUGGGAACUGGCUCGUUCACAUGCAGUUGAUGUGACUCUGGAUCCAGACACAGCCCACCCUCACCUUUUUCUGUAUGAGGACACAAAAUCUGUUCGACUGGAGGAUUCACGCCAGAACCUGAAAACCCAGAGAUUUGACUGGUGGCCGUGUGUGCUGGGCCGAGAGGCCUUCACCGAGGGGCAGCAUUACUGGGAGGUGGAGGUGGGGGACAGGACUGACUGGCUGGUUGUGGUGUGUAGGGAGAAUGUGAAGAAGAAGGGGUUCAUCCUCAUGUCUCCCAUGGCUGGCUUCUGGGCCCUGGAAUUAUUUGGAAAGGGGUACUGGGCCCUCACUCCACUCCGGACCCUUCUCCAGUUGGCAAGAGCCCCUCACAGGGUUGGGAUUUUCCUGAACUAUGAGUCAGGAACUGUCUCCUACAAUGUGAACGACAGGUCCCACAUCCUCACCUUCUCCAAGGCCUCUUUCUCUGGCCCCGUUCGUCCUUUAUUCUGCCUGUGGUCUUGUGAUAAGAAGCCCCUGACUAUGUACCCAGUGGUCAGGCCUCAGGAAGUCACCAUUAUUGCUGAUGUCUAGGCCCUUUAUGGAGAUUCUGUUGUAUGAGGAGCUGCCCUGAAUGACCACGCCUUCCAGUCCUGAAGCACGAGGCUCUAACCAAUCACUUCGUGGUGACUUGGACAUUGUCCCAGCUGGGAUAGCAAGGUAGGUCUCAUGUGCAGGCAUCACCCCCUGGGGUGAGCUAAUCCUACCCCUAGCCUCAUUUGAAUGGCUUCUUGCCAAUAAAAGGGUUCAGUGCA